GUACUGGGUAGGUGAAUAGGGAAGGAAAAUCUAAAGAGAAACAGAGAGAGAGAGAGAGAGAGAGAGAACUUUCAGAAGUUGCAGAGAGGGGUUAAUUAUGGAGGAGGAGAUUCAGAAGAAGAAGAAGAAGAGGGUGAUGGUGGCAAUAGAUGAGAGCGAGUAUAGCCACUACGCACUCAACUGGACACUGGAGAAGCUCCACGACACCAUCUUUAAUUCUCAACUUUUCAUUCUCGCCGUUCAAUCCAACGCUGAUCUUGGCUCCGCUUAUGCUUCCUCUUUUGGCUCUGCUCAUUUUGUGUCUACAACUCAUGAAUUGGUAACAUCAAUUCAAGAAAGGAACAAGAAGGCAGCUCUGGCCCUGUUGGAGAGAGCUAAGGAAAUCUGCAAAAUGCAUGGGACUGAAGCAGAGACUAUAACAGAAUUUGGGAAUCCCAAAGAGGUAAUAUGUGAAGCUGUCGAAAAGUACAAUAUCGAAUUGCUGGUAUUAGGCAGCCGUGGCAAAGGAGCCAUUAAGAGGACUUUUCUGGGAAGUGUCAGCAGUUACUGUGUUCAUAAUGCCAAGUGCCCUGUUCUGGUUGUGAAGAAACCAGAUUAACCAGUUUGUUACCAUCCUGUACACGAAGCUAUAGAUACCAAAUCCUAUAUUUGAGAGGAUGAUUAAGGAUGUCUGCUAUGUUUACCAACGUAAUGUUUAUUGCAAUGCAAACUUUGACCAGUGCAUAUGCUGUUUCCUAUGGUUUAAAUGUAAUCUAGAAGUGUAAAGAUGUAUUGGUAUCAGUUUUCGGAUCUGGAUGGGGAACAUAUUCCUUCAAUUUAUCCAACAUGUCUUGUUGA